AUGGCGUUCAGAGCGUCUGACUUUGACGUUCGAUCGCUCAAUACGCCAGCCUACGGCCAUCCAGCAGAAAACAACUACUCCACAGAGACAAGUCGAACAAUUGAGCACAACAGACGGCACACGCCAGCUGGUAGUCUCAUGAGCUACUAUACGAACCAAGAUGCGCGCAUAGAAUCAGCUUCAACAGUCAGUGAUGCCUGGCAAUUUGAUCGCGACUUGUCACUACCGCCUUUCCCUAAUUGGCAUAAUCUCGCAGACACAGUCAGUUCAUCAGCAGACCAAAUGUCCACGACAACAGAGGAUGAAAAGGCGACGUUUCGAAGCAAGUCGCCUGAGCCAGUCCCUCUGUUCCAUAUACAGGGACCUCCUAGACAAACGCUUGUCCCAGCUGAUCAGCAAGAUCGCGCAUCACUCGGCGGCAAUGCAUGGUGGGUGCGUUCUAUCCUGUCUGGCAAGCCAUUGCCAUGGGAAGUGGAGGAGAAAGUUCAAGCUACUGCUUUGCCUGUCAUCACAAGGAGAGGUAGCUCGCGAGUAAGUCAACUCAAUGGAUUCCCCUUUCACGAACCAAUCAAGGGCACCACGAUUGAUGUGGUGGGUGGCGAAUUGUGCAAACCCAUCAUCCCCACGAGAUAUAAUCAUCGCACACUAGCCAAUACGAAGCAGCAUUUGCUGCAGAUUCAGCGAGAUCGUGAACGCUUCCAUUUGCAGCAGCAACAGCGUCAGAGACAGCGUGAUUCGAGCUGGCACAGUACCAUGAAGCAAGCGCAUAGUACGAUGAAGGAUGCCAAGCUGCCUGCCUUGCCAGAGGUAGCAGAAUCUCCUUCCCUCAAAGAAAGGAAUUCGUGGUCGCCACUCAUUCAGCAAGAUCCAGUCUACCAAGCGCGCAUUCAGCAAUUGGAUGAGGAUACACGCAGGAAGAAGCGCGACCAGCUCGUGAUCUUGUUUGCCCUUGGAUUCUUGUUUCCUGCCUUGUGGUUCGUUGCUGGCUUCUUCUGGAGCAAACAGCUCGAGGAUGCAGAAGAUCGAUUGCCCUUGGGUGCCAAGCAUUUCAAUAUUGGCAUCUGGCGAAUCGCCAACCGCGGCAUGGCGUGUGCGUCACUCAUUCUUCUCUUUGCAAUCAUUAUGAUUGCAGUCAUUUUGCAUUCGUAG